GGGGAGCUGCGUUGCGCCUGGAGCCGGCGCUCGAGCCCAGCCGGGGUUUCAGUUUCUGGCGCGAACUUCCGCCGCUCCGAAGUUGCAAGGCGAAUUGGCGCGAUGUCUGGGGACAGCAGCGGCCGCCGGUCUGAGGGCCGGGGCCGGGGCCGCGACCCGCACCGGGAUCGCACCCGUUCCCGUUCCCGCUCGCGGUCCCCGCUGGCCCGCCGCGGCGCUGCGCCGGAGCGCAGGGAGGCAGCGGAGCGCCCGAGCUUGGAGGACACCGAGCCGUCUGAUUCAGGCGACGAGCUGAUGGACCCGGCCUGCUUGGAGGCCGAGUACGACCAGGGCCUGUGCCGCCAGAUCCGCCAUCAGUACCGCGCUCUCAUCAACUCCGUCCAACAAAACCGGGAGGACAUACUGAAUGCUGGUGACAAACUAACAGAGGUCCUCGAAGAAGCCAACACUCUGUUUAAUGAAGUGUCACGAGCAAGAGAAGCAGUCCUAGAUGCCCAGUUUCUUGUUCUGGCUUCAGACUUGGGCAAAGAGAAAGCCAAACAGCUUCGCUCUGACCUGAGCUCAUUUGAUAUGUUAAGAUACGUUGAAACUCUACUGACACAUAUGGGUGUAAAUCCGCUAGAAGCUGAAGAAUUCAUCCGUGACGAAGACAGAACUGAUAUUGAAUUAAUUGUCUAUGACUCCUGGAAAAUAUCAGGCAAAACAGCAGAAAACACCUUUAAUAAAACCCAUACAUUCCACUUCCUGUUGGGUUCGAUACAUGGAGAAUUCCCUGUGCCAAAGCCACGAACUGAUCGCCCAAGACAACGUCGCAUGAUAGAAGAACAGCGGGCAAUGCCUGCUCAGUUGAAAUGCAUGGAGGAAUCUCACCAAGAAGCCACCGAGAAGGAAGUGGAGAGGAUCUUGGGAUUGUUGCAGACAUACUUUCGAGAGGACCCUGACACUCCGAUGUCGUUCUUUGAUUUUGUGGUUGAUCCACAUUCUUUCCCACGUACAGUGGAAAACAUCUUUCAUGUUUCCUUCAUCAUACGGGAUGGUUUUGCAAGAAUAAGACUCGACCAAGACCGGCUGCCAAUAAUAGAGCCAGUGAUUAAUGAAGAAACUGAGGGAAUUGACCAAAACAUUCAAUUUAGGAGUCAAGGAAUUAUAGCUUUGAGUUAUCAUGACUGGGAGGAGAUUGUGAAGACCUUUGAGAUUUCUGAGCCCGUGAUCUCUCUGAGUCAGAGCCAGCAGCGGCUAAGUGCCUGACGCCAGCUGGAGGUAACAUUUCCUACGAGACAGCCACACAGUUGUAUUAAUAUUUUAUUAGGCAGACCUUAGUGUUUCCUCAUUUCCCUGACAUCUGGGGUUUGUCUCCCUCUAGUGUCCCAUCCCUGAACUGUGUAACUGGGAGGUAGUGUGAGGCCGGCCGGCUACUGUGGUAUUGUUGAGAUCUGUAGAUGAGCGAACAGUGUGGCGUGUUCUUUGUGGGUUUCAUUUCACUAAGGAUAAGUAAGUGAGAUGUGGAGAACUCCCCAGGGUCGUGUCGACACAAAGCAGAGAAGGAAGAUAAGAAUGGAAUUCCCAAAGGGGAAUGCUCAUAAAUGCACAUUUCGGAAAUGAAUUAUGCUAUGGAAUAAAACCUUCGUUUUUUACAAAGGGGAACAUUUCUAGGAAGAAAUUUUAAUAACAAUGAAGUGGUAUUGUCCUGAGCACGGCAGUGGGUGGAAUCGACCUUGAAUCUGUUGGUCUUGCCCCUUGAUUUUAAAACCUGUGCCACUUUGUUUUACACAUGUAUUUUCUUUAUAAGCCUGUUUAUAAAAGAACUAGGUAAUCACUGUAGCAUCUUUUUUUUUUUUAAUUUUGAGAAUUAAAUGAGCUACUAAAGUA